AUGUCGCAAUCACGAGACCGGCCCCACGAGCCUAUAGGCUUACGUUUCGAGAGGAGGAUUAGCCAGCUGGAAAGAGAGCGGGAAGCUGAAGCGGUGGCUCGCAAGGAGGCCAAGGUGAAAGCCUUACAGCAAGAUGUGACGCUUGAUAUCGAAGGGAAGAGAGCCGAGUUACCGUCGCAAAGUUUGACAUCGAACAGCUCGAAGGAAUUAAGCAGCCGGUAUCGGCGACCGAAAGUAGAGGUUGAAGAUGAAGAUGAACAACUUUCCAAUAGGCAAUUGAAUGGAGAACCUGUACAGACCUCAAGUGUAAGAGCCAGUGCCAUGCUCACUCCACCGCUCUACCCACAUUCGUCCGAUACUGGCAAUGCACAAGAACUUGAUGCUCGCUAUCCGCUCAAUACUAUCCAAACGUUGAACUCUCGGCUUGAACGAGAGGAGAGAAGGGUCACAGAGCUCGAGCAAGAGUUGGGACGUGCAAAGGCACAGCUAGAGCAUUACAUUGCAGACCAGAAUUCGAUCCAUCUGCUGCGGAUACAAGCCGUGGUAGCUAAUGAUAAGGAUGAGAUCGCGAGGCUCAAAGUGGCUGGGGCUGGUGUCUCUGGGUUGGAAUGGGCUUGGUGCUCGGGGUUGGUGUUCGGAGGGUUCUUGGAUAGGUUGUGCUUGAGGUGA